AUGCUUUUUUCUGCACCAAUUCAACAGCAACAACAACAACAGCAACAAGUGACAAUAUUAGAUUCAUCUGUUUCCCCACAGAGUAUUUGCAUGUUGAAUGAGGAAACGUUUGCACCACAAACGCCUCAAAUGAUUCACUCAAGCUGGGCUCCAACUACAACAUCAUUAUUUUCGCGCCCAGGCAAUGUCAUCAACACUAACAAUGUUUAUCCAAUGUUUUCAGGGCUUAAUGUUCCAGUAGGGUAUCAGACUACUACUGAUACUACCAUUACCACCACUGCAACAUUACCACCUCCUUCUCAUACCUCACCAUUGGCGUUCAAUCCAUUCACAUCUAGCAUUACGACCAACGCUUCUUUCGGCUCCCAAGUAUUGAAUGUUUCAACAAUACCUUCAACUUUCGGUUUUCAAUCAUCAGCUCCUUUUUCUGCAUCACAUGCAUUCACAUUUGGAAGUAACGUCAACUACAAUAGUAAUAGCAUGAAUGCUACUUUCGCGCCCAAAGAAUAUGACGGUUCAGCAAUAUUUUCUGCUGUGCCUUCACAACUACCACCACGACCAUCUUUUCUUGCUCCUCCUCCACCUCCACCUCCACCUCCUCCACCACCAACAACAACAGGAGCAUUACCAUUUAGCAGCACAUCAUCGGAGUCACAAUUAUUGUUUUCAUUCGGUGGAUCUGGUGAAUCAAUGGAAAUGUUAUCAGAUGUUGAUAAAAUCCGAACAGAAUCAUAUGAACCGUGCUCAACUGUUGAAGAAAAUGAAUCUAUUUAUCCGGGGAGAACUGUUGAGCAAUCAAGUAAACUACACAACAAAAUGGAUUUCUGCACUUUAACGAGUCAAAAAUCGAAACAACAUAAAUUUUCCGAUAUUGCAAACCAAUUAAAGUCAGCUUCAGAAGCUAAACAUGUCAUCCAUAAAGCUUCUGAGUCAUGGGGACGGUAUACUGAUACACGAUGCGAUGAACAAACGGUAAUGCCAAUAGUCAGGUCAAGUUCCAGAGAAUUUGCAUGUGAAUUAUCUGCCAAGACAGAUUCGAUGUUAUUAAAGAAGAUGAAAGGAAAACCUAAGUCAGCUCAUAAAACUGACGAAGAGUGUGUUUUAUUACUUGAUGUUACACCACUCAGUUUAGGUAUUGAAGACAUUAAUGGUCACAUGUGUAUAAUUAUUAGGCGUAAUACAACAAUGCCAUUUCGAACACAAUUUUAUCCUGUAUUUACAAAUGCUUAUGCUUAUCAAACAACAGCUUCAAUUCGCGUUUUCAGUGGAGAACAUAAACUUACAAAAUAUAAUAUAUUUCUUGGUGAAUUUACACUUACAGGUUUAACACCAAAUUUUGCUUCACAAACAUUAGAAAUAUCAAUUGUUAUGGAUAUUGAUUGCAAUGGUUUCGUACAAGUUGAAGCUGAAGAAUCACGAUCAGGUGCUAAAACCAAAUUUGUAAUUAAUUCAAAAAAUGAUUAUCUACAUAACACAAAUGAUAUUGAACGACAUCUUUCAUAUGUAGAAAGUAACCCAGAUUUUCGUGCUGCAUGUGUUCAUGAUCGAGGACCCAAUGAUUCACUAUAUAUGCUUAAAGGUGAAACUACAAAUGAAAAAGUUAAUUUUACUGAUGAACCAGAACAUUUUCAAGGUUUUUCAACAUUUAAUAAAUUGAAACAAAUCGACUUAACUUCGAUGAUGAUAAAUGAAUUAAAAAGAAUUCAAUUAACAAAUGGGUCAUUUGAUUUAAAUCAAGAUUUAGCUAAUUUAUUAUCUCUUAGUAUGAGAGAUUUUGAUGAACUUAAAAUAUAUUUAAAUAAACAAGGUUUUAGUUCUUUUGCAUUAAAUAUACAAAAUGAUAUAAUCCAUUUGAUUGCUACGGGUAUCAUUCUUCUUGAACUAUUAUUACAAGUACCUGUGUCGGAAAGAAAUAUAUUUUUAGUUCCAUUUGAUAGUGAACAAAUUCGAUCAAUUCUUUAUCGUCAUUUACCGAAAACUUUAUUAGAAAAUGUUGAUAAAGUAAUUCAUUUUUACGAGCAAAAACGUUUAUGUUAUGGAAUUUAUUGUGAACAAUUAGAAUUGAAUUAUUCAUCGUGGGAAAAGUUUAUUCAAUAUGCACUUUUUCAUAUUAAUAAUUAA